CCUCCCUUCCCCUCCCCGCCCGGCUGAGAGGGGUCGGGGGAGGGGGCAGCAUGGCCUGGCCGUCCGGCCCCUUUUCCAGCGCUCAGCUGCCCCGGGAGUGUGGCGCUGGUCCUCGCCGGGAGAAGUAGCCCGAAUGGAGACCGAAGCCAGCCAGCCCGGCCUCGCCUCUCCGGACUCUCCUCACGAUCCCUGCAAAAUGUUCAUCGGGGGACUGAGCUGGCAAACGACGCAAGAAGGCUUGCGGGAGUACUUCAGCCAGUUCGGCGAGGUGAAGGAGUGCCUGGUCAUGAGGGACCCGCUGACCAAGCGAUCCAGGGGCUUCGGGUUCGUCACGUUCAUGGACCAGGCCGGGGUGGACAAGGUGCUGGCCCAAUCCAGGCACGAGCUGGACUCCAAAACGAUUGACCCGAAGGUCGCCUUCCCUCGCAGAGCACAGCCUAAGAUGGUAACACGGACUAAGAAAAUAUUUGUGGGCGGCCUGUCUGUGAACACCACUGUGGAGGAUGUCAAACAAUACUUCGAGCAGUUUGGGAAGGUGGACGAUGCCAUGCUGAUGUUUGACAAGACAACUAAUCGGCACCGAGGGUUUGGGUUUGUCACCUUUGAAAGCGAAGAUAUCGUGGAGAAAGUCUGCGAGAUCCACUUUCAUGAGAUCAACAACAAAAUGGUGGAAUGUAAAAAGGCUCAGCCCAAGGAAGUGAUGUCGCCCACUGGCUCCGCGAGGGGACGCUCCCGAGUGAUGCCUUACGGGAUGGACGCCUUCAUGUUGGGCAUCGGCAUGUUAGGGUACCCAGGUUUCCAGGCAGCCACCUACACAAGCCGGAGCUACACCAGCAUUGCACCUGGCUAUACCUACCAGUUUCCCGAGUUCCGGGUAGAGCGGACUCCCCUCCCGAGUGCCCCUGUCCUCCCCGAGCUCACAGCCAUACCCCUCACUGCUUAUGGACCAAUGGCGGCGGCGGCGGCGGCGGCAGCUGUGGUGCGAGGGACAGUGUUGCUUCCUCCGGUAGGUUCCACCCCCAGCCGCACUGGCGGCUUCCUGGGCACCACCAGCCCUGGGCCCAUGGCUGAGCUUUAUGGAGCAGCCAAUCAGGAUUCAGGAGUCAGCAGUUACAUCAGUGCGGCAAGUCCUGCCCCCAGCACCGGCUUUGGCCACAGCCUAGGGGGGCCUUUGAUUGCAACGGCAUUUACUAACGGUUAUCAUUGAAGCUGAGGACCAAGAAAACAGAGGAUCCCCCAGUGAGCAACCCCAGGAGAGCAAGCUGGAGGACUCCGCAGACCCGGAGGGAUGAGCCAAGAUUUCAUUUUCGUUCAAAAACUGCACACUUGUGGCUGUUAGCUGGGCUCCGGCCGGCCCCCCCUCCCGCUGGCCAGAAAGCACUGGAUUGGGAGGGCAGGAGGAGAACCCUCCAACGCCUCCUCUGCUACUAACCACAGACCGUUUACACUUCUCCCAAGCCUCUGACCCACUGCUUCUACUUGUAUUUAUUUUCUUAGCCUGUUAGUUCUUGUUUUUUUGUUUUUUGUUUUUUUUUUGGGGGGGGGGGGGGGGGGGGGGGGGCCGAGAUCAGCACUCUCAUUUUCACGGUGGUUCUUUUCGCUCUUUUUCGGAGCCACUGAAGAGCCGUUUUAUUUUAUUUCUAUUUUUAUUUUGGUGACUGUGCGUAGGUAGUUUUUAUCCAGGAAUAUUUUUAUUUGGCUUUGAAAUCUUUUGUUUGUUUGUUUGUUUUAGAUAUAUAUAUAUAAAUAUAUAUGUAUAUAUAUAUAUAUUGAAAUGGGGAAAAGUAUGGACUCGGUCACAAAAGAACAAAAGUCUUUUUAAAGGACCAGUUGAUGUACAACUAAAGCAAUUUCCGAAGGGGGGAAAGAGAGAGAGAGAGAGAGAGAGAGAGAGAGAGACAGAACGGAGAGGCUGAUGCAUUUAAAUAGUUUUUAAUCUGUCUCUCUUUUUAAAAACAAGGAAUGUUUUUUUUCCAUCAAUGUGAGGCUUUUGAGACAUACAGAAUUAACAGGAUAUAAACACUCGGGGCGUUGCUGUGGAACAAAUACAAACUGUAUAUUUUGCUAAGUGAGGAAAAAACACUAUUCCUUAUUUCUGAUUUUUUUUUUCUCCCUGGUUUUUAGAGUUUAGGCUCCUAUCAGUUUGUUAUUCUUGUAUUUUUCCCUUGCUGCUUCUGUAUCAUAUGUAAAUUGUGGCAAGGCGUUUUGGCCUUGUCUUCACAACAGAGGAACCUUGGAUCUUUUCUUUCUUUCUUUCUUUCUUUCUUUCUUUCUUUCUUUCU